GUUGUUAUACGCACUAAGUAUGUUCAAACUAGGAAUUUAUUAUUCGAUCGCAAUUAUUGCCUUGAAUUUAAAUGGAUACCAGACAAAAUCCUUGAAUGGCGACUUUUCGGAAACACCACCGAAUCCAUUAGUUGUAAAGAUACUACCAUUGCUGGAUCACAUUACCAAACAGAGCAAAUUGAAUAUUCUUGAUGAUCUAACCCAGAUAGCAAUGCAGAAGAACAGCGAUGAAAAUCUAAUCGCGUUGCAAAAUCAACAGGCGGACAUCCAGAAGUCAUUGGAAUCGCAACUGGAAACACAGACAAAUCUGGAAAAGGAUCAGAGGUCCUUAAUGGAAACUUUAAAGAAUAUUAUCCCCGAACAUUUUACGGAGAGACUGGCCAAGAUGGAGGAACAGCAAACAUCCUUACAGAAAGCAUUAAAGAAAAUUCCAAAGGAUUUACAGGGGAGACUGCAAACGAUGGAAAACAAUCAGAAGGCUGUGCGGACUCAACAGGCCGCACUUGUGGACACUCUUUCCAAAAUUUAUGACAAAAUCUUUUUGACAAAGUUUGAGCGAAUCGCCUCUAGACAUUUCUUUAUUGAUAGCGAAAAUAAGUACACUUGGGAAGGAGCCGUAGAUGCCUGCCGCAAAAUGGGUGGCUAUUUGGCCUCCAUUAAGGACCAAGAGGAGUUGAAUGCCAUGAAGGCGAGGCUGGAUUUAGACAAACUAUACUGGCUGGGCAUCAAUGAUCGGGCCACAAAGAAUGACUACAUUUCGGUGGCAUCCGGAAAGAAAUCUCCAUUUUUGAAGUGGGAGGGGGGGGAACCCAAUCACGCUGCACGCGAAGAGCGCUGCGUUCAACUUAUCAAUGGCGUAAUGUACGAUGAGCCAAUUUAA